UUCUUGUGAGCGACAGACGUGUCUGUGUGAAUCUCUAAAUUUGUUGGAACAUUUGUUUUCGUUCGGCCUCCGAUAGAAAGACGGAUUGGCACAGGGAGCACAGAUUUUUAAGGCUGCUGCUACGAAAAAAAAAUGUUUUGAUUCGGCCUCCGGUAUCAAGACGGAUUGGUUAUGAUUUAUGCUGUAGGCUUUUGAGUGCAUAUAGGGAGGCAUACGGAAAGUUUGCUUGAAAAUACGUAGCAUAGAAGUGAGCAAUAAGCGGUGUAAUGUUUGGGGGUGGUGGCGUGCCAUACGUAGGCGUAAAAGAGUCAUUUUAAUUUUAUCUCGAGCAGAAAGUGUCAAUAAUUUGCAGUUUUGGUGCGUUUCGAUACGUUGAUAAUAUCAGGCCCAUAAUCAUUCUAGUAUCUGCCGCUAAGAUGUGUGAUCGACAGCAUUCCAUAGAAUUAUCAAACAUCAACGAUAAUGAGAAGUUUUCUUAUCCGAUAAUAUUACUCAAGGGGAACAUUGCUAAUAGAUGUGAAAUUGAUAGUUUAAAAGUACAAAUCAAUACUCAUGAAUUCCCAGCAUCCAAAGAUGUUCGAUUUUUCAACGAAAAACGUGGUCAAUUCAAAGUGCUUUUUAGACUUGAUCCUGGUGAAAAUGUUUUAGUACUCACUUAUUGCCGCAGUAAAAUAGAAUUAAAUCUCUUCUUUGAGCAGUCUGGGAAUCCAUUCUGUGUUAUACCUUUGUACAUCAUAUGUGAUGGUCAUGAUGGAACUUAUCAAUCAGACGAUGCAGAGAAUGGUAUUGAAAAUGCCUGCAAUAAAAUAACGCUAGGAAUAGAACUCGUUCAGAGCCUGUAUGCCGAAAAGUUGUCUGAGAAAGGUUUCGGAAGAAAAACCUUUACCAUCGGUUCUCGAUGUUCACCGUUCUACAGUACAUUGCCGGUAGAAAAAUCGAAAAAGAUGACCGAACAACAACUGUGGAGCUAUUUUGGAAAGGAAAUUCUACAAUCGGAGCUUUUUGUGAGCGAUAAGCUUAAAUUUAUAGGCUUUAUAAGCAGCACUUAUUACGAAGGAAUAUUAGAUAACGACUUUUCCUAUGCAAACAUCAAACGCCGAACAACGGGAAACGCUGCCCUAGGAGGCGGAGGAUUGGCACUCUUUGGCACAGGUUGCCUGUACACAUGGCCCAAUAGACUUGAAGAAAUAAUCCCUGCCUUUUUGAGCAACAAAUCUGUAGAUCGGUCGUUAAUGAUGGACGAUAGCAAUCAUAGAUAUACGUACGCUGGAUGUUUUGCUACUACUAUUGGGUCAGUUUGCCAUGAGAUCGGACAUAUCUUCGAUCUAGGUCACACCAAAAAUGGAAUCAUGGGAGCAGAGCUAGACCAUAUCAAUCGUGUAUUUACGCUCAUUACACAAACGGAAGACCUCCCAGGACGAAUCGUUGGUCAUUCGGUGCAGCAGCAAACAAAUCGUCGUUUGACUCAGAUAAAAAGACCAGGAGAGUUUUUACUGAAAUACCAACAGCAGAAAGAGAGCGAUGUUACCUAUUUUACUGACAAUUGUGCUAUUACACUGCAAUGGCACAAAUGGUUCAAUGACUAUUCUAAUUCUGGUGCUAUUUCUGAGGAUAACAAUUGUGUUACUAGGCUAACUUUCAACUUUAUCACGAAACACGUUACCAGUGUAAACUCAAAUCUUAAACUCAUUGAAAUACGCGAUAAAAAUGAUGGUAUGCUGAAAACAUUCUGGUCAUUUCUAGACACAACAACAGACCAAUUCCAAAUUCCGUUUGAUGUAAAGCUAGAUGGACUGACGCUCUUUGUGAUCGACAAUUAUGGUAAUAUAUUGAAGCAAGAUUUGUAAAAAGUAACCUUGGGAAAACGCAUUAAAAUCAAGUGUUGAUCUCUAUAAUAAAGAUAUUAAAAAAAGUGAAGAUGAAUUAUUUUGUUGAAGUUUAAUCUUAUAGCACAGACUUAUACUUAUAGCACUGACCAUACUGACUGGACACUCGAUUUCGUUUUCUGGAUAAUUUUUCCAGAAAAAAAAAACAUUUUUCCAACAGUACGCAAUGUCGAUUCCAGAGUGCGCAUCGAUCGAUUUGAAGAAAUGCUAUCCCAGUAAGGAAAUGCCACCCAACUUUAAAAAUAAAACAUGCAAUUUCUACGAUAAAAUCGGGCUAAACAGAACCAUUUUUCCUACAGGGCAUUUUUUGUCAAAUUUUUCAGGUUCGCCACCUGCCGUCGGUAUUGCGAACCUGCAAAAUCUGACAACAAAAAAUUAGACAGAAAAUGGUUGAAUUUUUGUUCUAAGAGUCAAGUCAGUGUGGUCAGUGCUUAUAGUAUGAGCUGCAAAUUAUCAGUGUCAGACAGCCAAUGUCAGCCGACUAUGAUACUGCUAAGCAUGUCUGUGUCAAGCGAUACUGAUUUUUAGUCAGCGGCAUAAGUGUAGAGAUGAGAUGAAGAAUAUGCAGAAUAUAAAUUAAAUUUAGUAAAAAUAAUUUAAAAGUUGUAUUCGACAACACUGUAGAUAAAUAAAAUAAAAUAAUGGCAAUGUUUGUGAUUUUGGCAACACUAGGCAAAACAAACAAAACAAAGCCAGUCAUUGAUCUAUUCUUGUGAGCGACAGACGUGUCUGUGUGAAUCUCUAAAUUGAGAUUCGUAAGAUCACGACACUGUAGUUUGAUCAGAUUGCCCAGGCCAGUUAACUAUGAAACCUUAAACGUUAACCAUGAAAAAUAACAGGUUUCACGCUGAUUCCAUUAAUCCUUCUAUUUCUUAGAACUAGAGUCGUUUUUGUGACCUUUUAAUCUAAUAAAUGAUAGAAAAGAUUGUUUGCUACAAUAUAAAUGAAGAAAAACAUCA